UUGAGAAGAAGUGUUUACAAGUUAAAUGAGUCAGUUUGUUUUUGUGUAUAGAGAGAGCGUUUUUCAUUUUUUCAGAAAAAUUGAGUUAGGUGAGGAGAAGGAAGGAAGACGAAGAGAGAAAAAUGUCGAGCUCUGUGGAGAUGAAUGAAGUUGUUUCCAUUGAGCUUCCAGCUCCAAAUGGCUGGUUGAAAAGGUUUCUGCCUAAGAAAGGAGGGACGCCAAAGAAAAAUGAGAUCGUGUUUACUGCACCAACAGGGGAGGAGAUUACUACAAAGAAACAGUUGCAGCAGUACCUGAAGUCUCACCCUGGUGGUCCUGCAAUCACUGAGUUUGACUGGGGAAGUGGGGAAGCUCCAAGAAGAUCCACAAGGAUCACUGGAAAGGCAAAGACAGCUCCACUUGCAGCAGAAAGUGUGACUCCAACAAAGCGAAACAGAAAAUCUUCAGCUUCUAAGAAGGACGUGAAAGACAAAAAAGAACAGGAAGAAACUGAGGCAGCAAAGGAUGUUGACAUGCCAGAAGCUGACAAACAGGAAAAGGAUGGUGUGUCUGUGGAAGCUGAAAAACAUGAAAAGGAUGCUGUGGCUGUGGAAGCUGGAAAACAUGAAAAGGAUGCUGCGGCUGUGGAAGCUGAAAAGGUGGUCGUACAGAAACAUGACGAGGGAAAAGAUGAAAACAAGGAAGAAAUGCCUUCUACUGAUGUCGGUAUUGUGAAGGAGAACCAAGCUAAACAGACAAGUCAAGGCCAAACUGAAGAUGGUCCUUCCAAAGAUGAUGCUGUUGAGAAGGAUGUUCAAAUGGCUGAUCAUGCUGCUGAGAAGGACUCCAAAAUGGCUGAUCAUACUGCUGAGCAGGAUGUCCAAAUGGCUGAUCAUGCAGCUGAGAAGAAAGAUGAAAUGCAUUCUUCUGCUGUUGAUGUUGUGGAAAAGAACCAAGCUGAAAAAAUGGGUGAAGGCCAAAAGGCAGGAGAUGGUCCUUCUAAAGAGGCUGAGGUUGAGAAAGAUGACAAAAUGUCAGACUGUGUUGCAGAGAAGAAAGAUAAAACUUCUGAUGUUGAUGCUGUGAAAAGUGAUGACCCAACUGAAGAUGGAAAAGCAGAAGAUGCUCCUGCUGAUGUGUCUGCGGCUGACAAAAAUGUUGGAGAUGCUUUCAUGGUGAAAGAGGUGCCAAUUGGGAAAGCAGCGGAUGAAGCUGAAGCAACUGAUAACGGUGUCAACACCGAUGAGAUUAACCCUUGAAUAGUGACAUGGAGCCAUUCUCUGCUACCCUCGUACCCUGCUCUCUUAUUCUCUCUAACCUCUUACCCUUGUUACUUUUCUCUAGUGACUGUAGUGUUGUUGUCAAUGGUAGUACUCUCAGACUGUUCAUGAGAUAUCUGUAUGUAAUAUUGUAGAUAUAGGUCGUUACUUGCAGCCUGGUCCUCUGAAAGAACUUAUAGCUGAAAGAAAUAUCUGUAAACCUUACACCAUAGAUUUAGACCUUCAGUUGGACAGAACUUGUAACUUGCUGAGAUCCAUGUAGCAUGUUGUGACUGAACUCAGUAACGUAAGUUGUAAUAAGUCCUUAUUAAGUUAAUGUCGAGUCUUAACUAUCCAA